AUGGCGACCCGAACGGCUGUAAGACGGCUGCUAUCGAGACAGCAACCUGGAAAUGCCCGUCUAUACUCAUCUCACGCGCCUGGCGCGACGAUGAACCUGCCCAUCAACUACGGGGCGACGCCUCUCCUCCACCACGCACCCUCCUCGCUCGCCUCGAACAAGGAGCUGCCCGCCAACGCCCCGACGAAGCGCCUGAACUUGUACCAGUCCAUCAACGCCGCUCUCCGGACGGCCCUUGCGGCAGACGAGCGUGUUCUGCUCUUCGGCGAGGAUGUUGCCUUUGGAGGUGUCUUCCGCUGCUCGGUGGACCUGCAGACCGAAUUCGGCUCGGAGCGCGUAUUCAACACCCCGCUGACAGAGCAAGGUAUAGUUGGGUUCGGUAUCGGGGCUGCUGCCGAGGGGUUCAAGCCAGUGGCUGAGAUCCAGUUUGCCGACUACGUCUUCCCAGCCUUUGAUCAGCUCGUCAACGAGGCGGCCAAGUUCAGGUAUCGUGAGGCCAACACGGGCGGCCACAUCGGAGGGCUGGUCGUCAGGAUGCCGUGCGGUGGCGUCGGACACGGUGCUCUGUACCACUCCCAGUCUCCAGAGGCGCUCUUCACCCACGUCCCCGGGCUGCGUGUCAUCAUGGCUCGCUCGCCCACACAGGCCAAGGGGCUCCUGCUCAAUGCCAUCCUCCACUGCAAUGACCCGGUCAUCUUCAUGGAGCCCAAGAUCCUCUACCGUGCGGCCGUUGAGCACGUCCCCACCGAGUCCUACACCCUCCCGCUCGAUAAGGCGGACGUUAUUAAGAAGGGUGCCGACGUCACCGUCAUCUCCUACGGCCAGCCACUCUACCUGUGCAGCCAGGCCAUUGCCGCUGCCGAGAAGGACUUUAAGGGUGCCACCAUCGAGCUCAUCGAUCUUCGCUGCAUCUAUCCUUGGGACCGCCAGACCGUGCUUGACAGCGUCCGCAAGACCGGCCGUGCCAUCGUCGUCCAUGAGAGUAUGAUGAACGCCGGCGUGGGUGCCGAGGUUGCCGCCAGCAUCCAGGAGGGCGCCUUCUUGAGCCUCGAGGCCCCCGUCAAGCGUGUCACCGGCUGGGAUGUCCACACCGGUCUGAUCUACGAACGCUUCAACAUGCCAGACGUCACCAGAAUCUACGACGCCAUCAAAGAGACCCUUCACUACUGA